AUGUUGUUAAUCUUUCUUAUUUUAACGCAUUUGUGUUUCGGUAUCGAUCCCAAAGAUGCAAAAAUGGACGAUAAUGUUGAAAUUCCAGAAGAACUUUUAAACAAAAUAAUAAGGUUUGCCAAGAACACGAGAGCGUUAUUACAAUGGUUUUCAUUCUUUCAACAAGAUACUGAAAACAGUCCUUUAUUUUUCAAAACAGAUUUACCCAAACUGAUAGGGGACUUAAAAGAAAAUGAAAACCAAAUGAAUGUCUUUUUGGAAGAGACUGAAACUAAAAAGACAAUCAAAAAAAGAGGUUUUUUGGAUUGGCUCAGAUUUUUAGAUAGAAGUUAUAAUUUGCAUGAACUACACAAAGGGUAUGGAAAAUACAUUUUACAUUUAUCUGAAAACCUUGCAAAAGUGCAAAGAUAUCAAUUGUUUGAUGAAAAUAUACAAAGGCAGGUUCUAAUAGAUUUGAUGCUUGAUAUAAAGUAUUAUCAAGAAAAAUUGAAUUUGGUCACUGAAUUGGCAAAAUAUCUUUUACUUGAAAGAGAUGGUACUGUAGUUAGGGCAAAAAAUAGGUUGUUGGACUUUUGUAAUUCUUUGGUUUCCAAACAAGUUCCAGAAAUUCAGUUAACUCCUCAUUUCGAAGAACACCUUUUACCAAAAAUAACAGGUGAAACCACGAGAGCACCAGAAAGACCAGCACCCAAAACUGAUUUACCUUCAAUUUUAAUAAGAGGUGAUUCGGCAAAAGGAUUGAUGGUAAGGUCUCAAAGGAGAGAAGCUGCUAGGAGAAGAAGAGAUAGUAUGUCUUCUGGUGAGUCUUCAACUGAAGUUUUAGGUGCUGAAGCUCAACCACAAGCUUCCCCAACAACAGAACCACCACGUCCUCCUUCCCCAACAAGAGAGUCUCCAAAAACGUGCACUAUUUGUUGA